AUUGCUGCCAGCUGCUUAGAGAUCGAGACGUUUCGGAAAUGUCGCUUCAGUUGCUUCAUGUGAUCAGCCUCCUCGGCUGUCUGCUAAUUGGCCUGGCGUUCUGCCAAAGUGCUUCAUUGGAGCGGGUACGCAUUAAAAGAGAUACACGCAACAUUCCAUCGGAUCAGUUUAAGCCUCUAGAGGAUUCCUCAAAUACUGAUCGUAAUACAACAACAGUACCACAGCGUACAAACUUUGAUGAUACUUUCUCAGUGCACACAAAGGCAAAGGCGCAAGUCUUGACGGAUCCCGCUUCCCAGGAAGAAGAUUACGCAGAUGAAACGUGGCCAACCACUCCGAGGUUUCCCGAUCCACGUCGUUUCAAUUUUCCCACACGCAUUCCCAUCCCUUCCAGUCAAUUCCGCUCGACAAACAUAGACACUUCAUUUAGUUCGAACGUUGGACCAUUUGUCGGUGGCCGUCGCAUUAGUGGUCCUCCUGGUUUUGGUGCUGCGGGUUUUGGUGACGGUGAUUACAGUGGGUCACGCUUCAGUUCAAUGCCUCUGAGCAUUCAAUCGACUCCUCCGUUCAUACCAACGAAUCCUGGAUUCUCUACCUUCGGCGGCCCUGGCUUCGGUGGUGGCUCUUCCAAUAAUUUUUAUCGCUCGGAAUCGUAUAGCUUUAACUCAGAUGGCAUGGGGCCGCCGCAAAUUCAGCAAAGUGUUUUCGACUCUCGCUUGGGACAUGGCAUGACUACUCGAAAUUUUAAAAAAUAGAUUUCCAACCUUUUUGAAACUAUUGAAAUACUCAGAGUAAAAAACAGUCACAGAUCAAUACGUAGUUAGAUAGCCUAGCUGAUAGGAAUUAUAAAUCAGAUUCGCAUUUUUUAAUACAACAACAAGGUCAAAAUCCAUAAAUGAUAAUCGCGAAUGAAACGCAAAUAAUAACAUAUGUUUUGAUUUAAGUACGUAGAAUACUUAAUUUACUGCAGGAAUGAACUAAACAUUUUGUUUUUAUGUCAAUUAUAAACGUUCAGAAAAUCCGACUGAGGCCGGAAAGCGAAA